UGCCUGGGGAUUUUGCGUUAGUCAGCUGAGUAAGGAAGUACUGCAUGGGUGUCUCGCUUCGGGUGAGGGAAGCUUCUACAUUUCAUCUCUUCUAUAUCUUGUAUUAGGAAGUUAGUUCGUUUUCAAGACCGUAACUAGAAGGAAAAGAAACGUUUGCUGAAAGAUCUCCAACGAAGUGACUUUUAAAGUAACAUAAAGGAUCGACCUCCCUGCACCGUAAAUAGAGAUGAUUGAUACACUUGUAACAUCAGAAGCUCAGGACCUUCUUUGCCAGCUGAACUCACUCUUGGAGCAGGAGCUGAAAAACCAGCCCAAGGCAUGUGGCUUGCGUCUUAUCGAAACUGCUCAUGACAAUGGCCUUCGGAUGACUGCUAGACUUCGUGAUUUUGAAGUGAAGGAUUUGCUAAGCUUAACUCAGUUCUUUGGUUUCAGUACUGAAACGUUCUCUUUGGCUGUAAACCUUAUGGACCGGUUCUUAUCAAAAAUGAAAAUACAACCAAAGCACUUAGGCUGUGUUGGACUCACCUGUUUCUAUCUCUCUGUAAAAGCAACAGAAGAGGAAAGAAAUGUUCCUUUGGCAACAGACUUAAUAAGAAUUAGCCAGUACAAGUUCACAGUAUUUGACAUGAUGAGAAUGGAAAAGAUUGUUUUGGAGAAGCUGGGCUGGAAAGUGAAAGCAACCACUGCAUGCCAUCUCUUACAGCUAUACCAUUCCCUUGUUUAUGAGAACUUAACUAUUGAAAGGAAAAAGCUCUUUAUGUUGGAGAAGCUUGAAACGCAACUUAAGGCUUGUCACUGUAGAAUUGGAUUUUCAAAAGCAAAGCCCUCUGCGCUGGCCCUGUCUGUAUUGGCACUUGAAGUUCAGGAACAAAAGUUGUUUGAACUUAACGAUGCAAUAGAGUAUCUUCGAGAAUAUUCAAAGAUCAGCUGUAGAGAUUUGUUAUGUUGGAAGGAACUGGUAUUUAAGUGCCUGGCAGAAUACUCUACAAGCAGAUGUUCCAAACCAAAUGUCCAGAAGCUCAAAUGGAUUGUGUCUGGGCGCACUGCAAGGCAAUUGAAACACAGUUACUACAGGAUAGCACAUCUCCCCACAAUUCCAGAGUCUGGUUCCUAAAGAAAAAAUAAAA